UAGAAGCUAAAGAUUCUAAAGAAAUCGCGUCGAUUUUGAAUUUAUUUCAGUGCUUUAGUAAAAAUGGACUUUUAUUUUCUUAAUUUGACGAAUGCCCAAAAUUGUCACAAUAUUAAUCUGCAUUAUAGCUGUAACAUUUAGAGUCUUCGUAUUGCUCUCUUCUUUCGUUUUUAUUUUCGCUUUAAGAAAAAUCACUGACGAUUUAUUUUGUAUGUUUACAUUUUUGAAAUGUUCUAAAUCUAUCUUCUUUUUUCCUAACACCCUUGUUGAUUGCAAUUUUCUAAAAGGGAGAAGGCGGCUACGCAAAGGGAACGUGAAGCCUCUACCCUGGCCAGAAAAGAUAUAGCAAUUUUGAUGUCUGUAAUUCAAUUUGGAACAUCCAUAAUUUAAGGUCAAGUGAAUAGAUAUGAAAUCAGAAAGUGACCACAGAUGAAACCUGGAUGUCUCCAUUGACUUUCAAUCUGAUAUUACAGUGAAAUAACUGGCAGAUGUUUGUCCAUUCAAGUAACCAUAAAGUUUAUGAGAGUUAGAAGAAACAUUUUGUUUUUAACUUUAUAGUUUUGAAAGCGACUAUUUGACAUUUGAUUGAGAUUUACCACAAAAUGUGAAAUUUGUUUUGGAAUAAUGAAUAUUAAAUAUGUUUAAGUUAGCCUUUAUUUUGUGUAUUUAUCAGAAUAUUUUAUUCCAUAUUUUUUAAUAUGAUCUCAAGCCUCACUUUUAACCGUCAUCAAGUUUUUUUUUAAAAAUUUAAUAUGAUCUCAAGCCCCACUUUUAACCAUCAUCAAGGUUUUUUUUUGAAAAUUUAAUAUGAUCUCAACCCCCACUUUUAACCAUCAUCAAGGUUUUUUUUUAAAAAUUUAAUAUGAUCUCAAGCCCCGCUUUUAACCAUCAUCAAGGUUUUUUUUUAAAAAUUUAAUAUGAUCCCAAGCUCCACUUUUAGCCAUCAUCAAGGUUUUUUUUUUUAAAAUUUGUGUGAAUGAUUUAUGAAAAGUAUUGAACAAUUUUGUAUUUGAUUGGUUUGAUGUACUGAAUUACAAAAGAUUUUUUUUUUAUCUAAUUGGCUCAAUACAUCAUAGUCAAUAAAAAAUAUUAGUAUUGGCUUUAAAAAAAGCCUGAGUGCAAUAAAUAGUAUUAUUUAGUUAUUCUUAUAACCAAGCCAAUAUUUUUCCGUGCAAUAUUUGUGCAAAUAUUUUUCCUUGUUAAAAAACGUUACUUUUUAAAUCAAACUAAAGAAAGAAAUCUUUAUUGUUGAAUAAAUCUUUCUAGUCUACUAACAUGUUUUGAAACACCCAUAUUUAAAUUUCAUUUAAUUGUAUGCAAAUUAUUUACUUGAAUAUUUAGUAUUAGAAGAUCUUGUCAUUUGGAGAGCAAAUUGUCAAAUUAAUGUGCAUGCAUAUUACUUACUUUAUAUUUAGUUUAUAUAUGUUACAUCAUCGGUGCACAUCUUUAAGUUUGCCUACUACAUGUUAUUUACUUGUACAUUUAGUGUGAGAAGGCCACUUUGUUAGUUUAUAUAUUUUUAAAAUUGCCUCUUUUGCCUAUUAAUUAUUUACUUGUAUAUUUAGUAUAAAUUUAUCAUGUCAUCGCAAUGCAUUUUGUCAAACUCGCAACAUGUGUGCAACAUUUGUAACAAGAGCUUUGCCAGCUCAUUUUCUUUAAGUAAGCAUAAUGUUGUUCAUACAAUGGAAAGGCCUUAUGUGUGUAGUAUUUGUGACAAGAGUUAUACGUCAUCAUCUGCUCUAAUUUUACAUAAUCGUGUUCACACGGGCGAAAAACCUUAUUCAUGCACACUGUGUAAUAAGAGCUUUUCUAUGAAAGAUUGCUUAUCUAAACACUAUCGUAACAUCCACACUCGUGAAAGACCAUUUUCUUGCAGUACCUGUAAUAAGAGUUUUGCAUUUAAAAGUAAUUUAAAUGUUCAUAGUCGUGUUCAUACUAAAGAAAAACCUUAUUCUUGCACUCUAUGCAACAAAAGCUUUGGCACAACAGGUGAGUUGUUUAAGCAUGGCUUAACUCAUACUGGAGAAAAACCUUUUUCAUGUGAAAUUUGUAAUGAGAGGUUUUUAACUAAACUAAGUCUUAAUACUCAUUGUCGUGUUGUUCACUCUAAAGAAAUACCUUUUGCCUGUAGUUUAUGUGAUAAAACUUUUCGUUUUAAGUAUAGUUUAGAUGUACACAAACGUAUUCAUACUGGAGAAAAUAUUCAUCACUGCCCCAUAUGUAAUAAAAAAUUUCAAAGAAGAGAUAAACUGAAUAUUCAUUUGCGUGUUCAUACGAAGGAAAAACCUUAUUCUUGCAGUAUCUGUAAUAAGAGUUUUUCGCAGAAAGGUAGUAUAAGUCUUCAUAUGCUUAUUCAUACUAAUGAAAGACCAUAUUCUUGUAAUCAAUGUGAUAAAAGUUUCAAGCAGAAAGGUGACUAUAUACAUCAUUAUCGAAUUCAUACUAAAGAAAAACCUUUUUCUUGCAAUAUAUGUAACAAGAAAUUUACAAGAAGAUAUAUUUUAAAUCAACACAGUUUUAUUCACACUGGAGGAAAACCUUAUUCUUGCAGUAUAUGUGAUAAGAGUUUUGCGUUCAAUUGUUAUUUGAAAUUGCACAUGCGUGUUCACAAAGUAAAAAAGCUUUAUUCAUGCGAUGUGUGUGACAAAAUUUAUUCCCGGAAAAAUCAUUUCACUGCUCACACUAAGACACACAAUAAGGAAAAACUUGAAGAUUUGUAAUGAGAGUUUUUUUUAGCAAUAGUAAUUUAACUACUCAUAACUGUGUCCGUGUUGAUGAAAAAACUUUUUUUAUGAUGAACCUUUUUUUAACAUGUUGAACAAUUAUAUAUUUCAUUAUGUUCAAAACAUGUUUCUUCAAUAUUAUUUUUCUGAAUGUUUAGUAUGUUACUAAAUAUGAGUGCCAAAUAAAAGUAAAUAUAUAUUUUUAUAUUUUGUUCCUUACUCUCUUAUAAAUAUUAUCAUUCAGUCUUCUUUUUUAAAAGAGGCUUUCAAACUAGAGUUAGUUUUAAAAAAAUUCUGGAAUAACUUUCCUCUUUUUUUAAUAAUUACUAUACAAUUUCAAAUCUCAUCAUUCAUCAAAAUCAUUUCAACAAUAUCUUAAAAGUAUUCAAUAUUAAAUAACUUUUGAGAACUUACACUAGGCUCGGAUUUACAUAAUUUUUAUUCAGUAAAUCUUUCAAUUUUUGUAAAAUUUCACACUUGUCCCACUUCAAUUGCAACCAUUAGAGCAUUUUCAAAAAUCAGUGUUUUAAAAAUAAGCUUCUGAGUUAAGAAACUUGUUAAAUUUCUAUCUAAUUUAUAGGAUGCUUUAUCCAAAUGAAUUCUGUUUAACUAUUUUUUAUUGUUUAUGUAUUUUUAUGUUUAUGUAUAUGUAUUUUUAUUGGUCAGUAAAUUAAUCAUUCAGUGU